AUGUCGGAGGUUAAGCUGGAGCCCGACGUCUUUCUCAGCUACAGUGCUGGGAUCAGCGCGUGCGAGAAAGGCGAGCAGUGGCAGCGGGCUUUGGCGCUGCUCAGGGAGACGAGAGAGGUGAAGUUGAAACCCAACAUCAUCAGCUAUAACGCCGGGGUCAGCGCGUGCGGGAAAGGUGCUCAGUGGCAACGGGCCCUCGCGUUGCUGAGCGAAAUGCGGGAGGCGAUGUUGCAGCCAGACAUCUGUCAGCUACAACGCUGGCAUGAGCGCGUGCGAGAGAGGCGAGCAGUGGCAGCGGAGCCUGGCGCUGCUCAGCGGGAUGAUGGAGGCGAAGGUGCAGCCAACCGUCAGAAGCUACAGCGUUGGGAUCAGCGCGUGCGGGCACGGCGAGCUGUGGCAGCGGGCACUGGCGCUGCUCAGCGAAAUGGGUGA